GUUGAUUUCUUUGAACGGGGCGGCGGUAAAAGAUGAUGGAGAAGCGGGGAGAAGCCGUUCAAAGAGCGGGGCUGAGGGGCAGGAGCAGGAGGAGGAGAGCGCGGAGCCGGGCCUGAGACACUCACUCAACCGCUAACAUGGGCUCCAGGGCGGAGCAGCAGCUGCUGAUUGUAGUUUCCGUCCUGGAAGGGCGACAUUUUCCAAAACGUCAUCGGCACAAAAUUGUGGUAGAAGCUCGGUUUGAUGGAGAGUUGCUGGCCACAGACCCAGUUGACCACAAAAGUCAGCCUGAUUUUGUUACAGAACUUGCCUGGGAACUUGACAGAAGAUCAUUAUAUCAGCACAGAUUACAACGCACACCCAUCAAGCUAUAUUGUUAUGCAAUAGAUUCUCUGUCAUUAGCAAAGGAGUCUGUGGGCUAUAUAAUUUUGGAUUUGAGAUCUGUUCAAGAGACUAAACAGACACCCAAAUGGUAUCCCUUGCUCAGCAGCAAAUACACAAAAAGUAAACCUGAGAUCAGGAUUGGCAUUGUAUUGGAGACCGAUGUUAAACCGCAGGUGGAAAGUUUUAAAGCCAGGGAAGCACCACCAAGAGAUGGAAGAAUGAUAGAAACUUCGCCACAUCCCUUUCUGGAUCUGAACCCCAAGACUCUGACAGCAAUUCUGAAUGAGGAAGAAAGCUAUUAUCAAAUUGGGCCUGCAGAAUACUGCACUGACUUCUUUAUGCUUUCUGUGACCAUUGCAUUUGCAACGCAGUUAGAACAGUUGAUUCCUAGUGCAGUUAAGCUUCCAGAGGACAGACCUGAAUUUUUCUUUUACUACACUUUGCUGGGAAACGAUGUCACCAAUGAUCCUUUCAGUGACCUGAUGAAUCCUAAUUUUGCACCUGAACGAGCUUCAGUGAGGAUUCGUAGUAGACUAGAAAUUCUCCGGCUAUUCUUAUCUUCGCAACCAAGUCUCCAUAUUCAUUUGUGCUGUGGAGAUAGGUCACUGGGCAGUACAGAGAUCUCAUUUGCAGGAUUAUUAAAAGGAGACCAAGAAAUAGAUCAGCAUCCCGUAGCAAUUGAAGGAGCAUUUCCUUUGGUGGCACCUAACAAAGCAAAGCAAAAGGUGCCUCCUCUGCCACUUGAGUUGUGCCCUACUGUGGGAGUGUCAGUAACUCUAAGGAAAGAAGGAAUACAUUCUCAGCCAUCUAGUCCAAUUAAAAUGGAACUUGACCCCAAGUCUCCAGUGAAGCAGAGAAUAGUUUCUCCUCAAACUGUUAAGCCAUCCAUUCCUGAACAAAGGCCCAGGACUGUUGAUGUCGAAAGCACGUCUCCUGAACGCAGCGAUUCCCCUCCCAGCAAAGACCAGGCAACAGAAAAUGAGAUGAAUAGCCUGCAGGAAGAUGAGAAUAAAAAGAUCCAAAAUGUGAUGCCUGAUUCUGUUGAAGAAAUAGGCAAACAACACUUAGAACAACAAGCUGGAUCAACAUUAUAUUCCAAGGCACAUUCUUCUCAACCAGCUAAACCUUCCCAAGUGCCGGCUUCUUCAAUGGAAUCACAAUAUGGUCCAGCUCCAGUUUCCAAAUUAUCUGAUUCUGCAUCAGCACCAAAGAUCUCCAUUCCGGCAUCAGCACACCAUUUCUGCUUUGCCCUGGACAUAAGAAGUAUUAGACAACUGACUGUCAGUUUUGCCAUAAACUGCCUAGUACGGUACUCCUACCCAUUUUUUGGUACUGCAGCCCCAAUCAUGACGAAUCCUCCAGUGGAAGUGAAGAGAAACAUGGAAGUGAUCUUUCCUCAAUCAUAUUGUGCCUUUGAUUUUGCAGCACUACCUCAUCAACUGCAAGAUACCUUUUUCAGGUUACCUUUGUUGGUUGAAGUAUGGCACAAAGAUAAAAUGACCAAAGACUUGCUUUUGGGAGUAGCAAGAUUGAAAUUGUCAAAUGUUCUGACAGCAGAAAAAUCUCGCUUUUUGGGCCCAUCAGGAGAUCAGUGCUGGCGUCAGACCUACAGUGAGAGGAUUCCAGUUGUAGCGGCACAAGGGCCAAACAACAAAAUUGCUGAACUGUACUAUUCCAUGACUCUGGAGGAUUAUAAUUUUGUAAAAACUCAACAUGUCACAGUGUCUGAUUCAUCUCAGAAUUCAAAUAUUGGACAGCAACAACAACCUGAUCUUUCAGCUAAGCCUGUUCAGGCUUCAGGGCCGGGCCCUGAUCCUGUGCCUCGUGAGACAAUGGAAUAUAAAGCUGCAUUAGAGCUGGAAAUGUGGAAAGAAGUGCAAGAAGAUUUGUUCCAGGACCAGUUGAAGCAAAAAGAGCUGGCUCACAUGCAGGCCCUUGCUGAGGAGUGGAAGAAGAGAGACAGAGAAAGGGAAGCACUUGUGAAGAAAAAGGUGCUUGAAUAUGCUGUGCUUGAGGAACGACUACAAAAAACAUUGGCAGAUUUGGAAAAAAGAGAGCGGCAACUUGCUAAUGGUGAAACAGAGCUCCAGAGGCUGAGGAAAGAGCUACAAGAGGAUCAUGAUCGGAGCUUGCGAGAAAUGCAAGAGACCACAAGACGCUGUACUGAAGACUCUGUCCGUCAGGUGGAAUUGGAAAAGUUAAAGUUUAACCAGUUGGAACAAGAUAAGUUACACUUACAGCAGCAGCUUCAUGAAGCAGAACAGAAAUAUAAACUACUUGAAAAAGAGUUCCAUCAGUACAAGGAGCAGCAGAGCAGCAAACCUGAAAUUCGCCUUCAGUCAGAGAUCAAUCUUUUAACUCUUGAAAAGGUGGAAUUCGAGAGGAAAUUAGAAUCAGCCAUAAAAUCCAAGCUGCAUUAUAAGCAGCAGUGGGGGCGAGCCUUGAAAGAGUUAGCACGACUAAAACAGCGUGAGCAAGAAAAUGCAAUGGCAAGACUUAAGAAGCAGCAACAAGAACUGGAACAUAUGAGGCUGCGGUACCUGGCAGCUGAAGAGAAAGAAGUAGUUAAAACAGAACGACAAGAAUUAGAGGAAAUUAGGAAUGAACUGAACAGGUUAAAGCUACAAGAAGAUAAAAAAGAAUCUUCAGAUCAGCAGGCCCCUGCCAGUGGCAGGGAGGCUGGAGAUCAUGCUCGACAUCCAGAUGAGGCCUUGGACAAUUAUCUUGCUCGGCUCAUAGAAGAGAGGGACACUUUACUAAGGACAGGAGUAUACACUCAUGAGGAUCGUAUCAUAAGUGAGCUUGACAGACAAAUACGUGAAGCUAUGACAAAGAGAGGUAGUCAAAGAUGAGAAUGACACUUCAAUGAAACCUUUGCAUAACAUAUAACAGGACAACCAUAUAAUGGCUAAUCAUCUACCGUGUUUUACGGAUCAUCUGUCUUUGAUACAAAAUUAGUGUAUAUUUUGUGAAUAUAACAUUCAAACUUUUGAUACCGAUUGAAUUUACACUUUGGCUUUUGUACAACUUUUAAUGUGUUUUUGAAAAAUCUUGUCUUAGAAUGAACUAGAAAUUUUGUUUUAUUUAUACAGUAACUCCUACAGAUGUGUGAUGUUUUUAAAUGGGUCUAUAAAUAGCUAUUUUUGGAAAGUAAACUUCAUUCAAAUUCAUUAAACACAAUUAAAUUAUAUGCAUUUUUUUCUUUGGAGGCACCACUAGGCUGAUAAGAUUACACUAUAAAUUUAGAAAAAUCGGCUGUCAAGAAAAACAGAUAAGAUAAAGGUGCCUCACGGUAAGAACAAUAGCUGAAUUGGAGAAAACAAUCAUUUUUGAAGUAAUGUCAUAGAAUAUGGAGAUAACAGACAGCAGGUUCCUCCCUUUAUGCAACAAUAAAGUCACAACCAGGGCUUCAAGUACUUGCAAGUAUUGCAACUCUGAGGAGCAGACAUUUUGAUUCUAUCUUCAGUUGAGUUAUGAGCGCGGAAUACUGAAAUGAUUUGAAGGCCGCAAAGAAAUAACCCUUUUUUAUCGUUGAACUGAAACUGCACUUGGAACACUAGCUGCCUUGACAAUUAUAUCUAACAGUCCUUUAUGUCAUGUACGUUGUGGUUAAUGUACUCAGCUAUUUUGGUUUUAGUUUAUUUUCCAUUUUAGUGACUUGAAACAUAGAAUCCUUUAAAAUAAAAUGUACUUCCAGUGUGAAA